CUGGACGAGAACCCCACCAAGCCGUAGAUAUCUUUAUCAACAAUAAACAAGAGUCAAAACCGAAGAGAUGUGUCAAGAAUGUGUUCCAGGUCUUGCAGUCGACGGCUAUGACUGCGACUCGGAUUUAGAUUUUCAUUCUGAUGACGAGUGCGCCUGUCCCCAUGACAAUAAGCAGCAUCAUGAGCAUCAACAUGACCACGAACAUGAACAUACACAGGAACAAACUCCUACAACCAUUCAAGAGGAGACGGGUCCUUUCCAAGAAGUGACAUUCCCCUCUGACCCCUUCUUCACACGCCUGAUCAACGCCGCCCACCAAAACAAAGAUGGAAUCAUCAUCAACGACAGUACACAUGGGGUACAACUCACCUACUCCCAGUUCCUGCACGAUGUGCAGGUGCUGCGCCUGAAAAUUCAAAGUGCUAUUCCCUCCAGCCAACUUGAUGCAAAUGGCGCGUUCAAAGACGGUGUUGGCUACGUCGGUGUACUAGCCGAAAUCCAGUACCCGUUUUUUGUGGCGAGCUUGGCGAUUCUCUCAAUGGGCGGUGUUAUUGUCCCAAUGGGACACGCACCGGAAGCAGACCAAGUAGUCGCUAUUCUAGAGGAAUCCAAGGCGUUGGCUCUAGUCUUUGAUCCUACUCAGACGGACGUGGCAUCAGCCGUCCAAAAGGAGAAUGAAUCUCUGAUUCAAAUCUCCAUCGAGAUCAACCAGGCUCAAAAGAAUUCCGAGGAACGUAAGCAGCUUCGCUUUGUUACGGGUGCCGCAGACGAUUUGGUCUUCUCCGCAGAACGUCCAGCUCUUCUUCUAUACGGAGGUGAUGGCGAACCUAACACGUUGACCCGCCAGACAUUCUACGAUCGGGCUACUGGGGGUUCAAAUCCAGCACCGGAGGAAAUGUCGGAUGCAAUGAUGAUUUGUAUGCUUAUUUGUUUGUCUUCUGGACCGGCGCCAUGAGUAUAAAUUUAAGCGUGCACGCUCCUCACUAUAGAAAUAUACAUCCACAUAUGAACUUG